AUGCGGGAUAAAGAGUACUGGGCAUGCUGCACACCCCCAUGGCGGGAUGUUGAAGAACCCUCAUUUGACAUGUCAUCCCCCCCUCCUCCCCCUCCUACAACCCCCACUCCCGUGUCUACCCUUCCCCCCACUUCCCCUCCCUCCCCCUCCUUUCCUUCCCCUUCUUCUCUCAUACACAUAUCUUCUAUGUUUCUUCCAUGUGCUAUGCUGUGCAGCAACGGCGGGUGGGUGAUGCAUGACGAGGCGUGUGCACAUUACACGGACAUGGUGCAUCAGAUGGCCAUGGGGCACCGCUUCCUCAUGGCGACAUUCAACGUCACCCCGCGCAUCGCCUGGCAGAUCGACCCCUUCGGCCACUCUGCUACUCAAGCCAGCCUCAUCACUGCUCAGGCGGGGUUGGAAGCCGUGUUCAUGGGGAGGGUGGACCAGCAGGAAAAGGAGUCUCGUUUGGCCGCCAAAACAAUGGAGUUUGUGUGGCGGGCAGACGGGGCGACGCAGAGAGAAAACCAGGUGCUGGGAAUGGUAUCCUAUGAUGGUUACUACUCGCCCUCACAGUUCCGCUACCAGGACUCAGACGAUCCUUCUUACCGCAUUCAGGUACUCCCUCGCUCUCUCUGCUGCUCUGCACUCGCCCCUCUGCUGCAACGCACUUGCCCCUCUGCAGCAACGCACUUGCCCCUCUGCUGCAACGCACUUGCCCCUCUGCUGCAACGCACUUGCCCCUCUGCUGCAACGCACUUGCCCCUCUGCUGCUCUGCACUUGCCUCUCUGCUGCACAGCAAGCUUCAUGACAAUCCCUAUGGGGGGUCGCCCAACGUGCAGCGCCUGGUGGACGAGUUUGUAGCGGAAGUGACCAAGAGGGCGGAGGGCUUUAAGACGAAUCACCUGCUGUUCCCCAUGGGCGAGGACUUUGCGUUUGACCGCGCCAUCUUGUGGUUCAAGAACAUGGACAAGCUCAUUCACUACGUCAACCUGGACGGGAGGGUGAACGCGCUCUAUUCCACGCCAUCCAUGUAUCUGGACGCACUCCACUCUGCCAAUGCCACGUGGCCUCUCAAGACUGGUGACAUGUUCCCCUAUCAGGACGAUGGGCCCUACUGUUCGGGCUACUUCAGAGGAGAAACCCAUUGUCCGCAUAUGUUCUCGCGUUCCCCCCUCGUCCCCCAUUCCCCUCCCUCCCUUCCGCCCACCCUCUCCCUCCCCUCCGCCCAUGCGCCCCUCGCCCCAGCUACCAGGACGACGGGCCCUACUGGUCCGGCUACUUCACAUGAGGACCCUUCUCCGCAUAUUUUCCCCCGUCCCCCAACCCCUCCCUCUUCUCCGUCCAUGCGCUCCUCGCCCCAGCUACCAGGACGACGGGCCCUACUGGUCCGGCUACUUCAGCAGCCGCCCCUCUCUGAAGCUCCUCGCGCGCUCCUGCAGCGCCUGCUGCUGGUGCGCUGCCCUCUUCAACCUGCUCAUUUGAUGUGGUGUGGUGUGGCCACCACAGCAGCAGAGGCAGCAGUGGGGAAGGAAGCGCUACAGGCAUGGGGCAUGGCGACGGGGCGCAUGAUGGUACUGGAGCACCUUGUGCUCGACACACACAUGGGCAAGACGACCAGAGACAGCCAGAAGGAGGAGAAGCAGGCGGAUGGGGGGGAGAGUGCGGGAGGGGUGGAGCGGAUGAGGGUGGGGUGGGAGAGCGAGCGGCGGGUGCGAGUGGCGAGCUCGUUCCGGUUGGAGGAGGCGGUGGCAGUGGAGGCGGUGGCAGUGGUGCAGCACCAUGAUGGGAUCACAGGCACGGCGCAGCAGCAUGUUACCGAUGACUACUCUGCUCUGCUGCACCGCAUUGCUGAGGAGGUGAGGGAUGAGUGCAUGGGUAGAGGCAUCAGCCGUGCUGACAGCAGCACUGGCGCACCUCAUCACGCGAGGGACCCUCCCCCAUCCCCAUCCGUACCUCCAUCCAACCUCUCCUCCAACCUGUCCUCACGGGCAGCAGCAGCCGUGGAGUUCACAUUUAGGGAGGACAGUGUCGAGCAGCGCGGGUGGGGGUUCUGGAACCAGUUAGCAGAUGGGGCGGAGGAGGGGGACGAGGAGGAUGAGGAAGAUGAGGGGGACGAAGAGGGUAAGGCACGCAACAAAAUCGACAGGAUGAAUGAGUUAUUGUAUGAGGCGGAUAGAGCAGGUGCGGCGGAUGACGAAGAUGAGGGGAUGAGGAGGCGGGCGAGGGAGAUGGUGGGAAGCAUGCUGCAAGUGCCCUCUGCUCAACAUCUCCUAUUGCCCUCCACCGAAACACCCCUGCAGCCAGAUCAGACCCUGGUGGUGGUGGCCUUCAACCCUCUUAUGAGGUGCCUCAAAAGCACCUCAUCUGUAUCAUAUUGGCCCACACGUCUCCACCUUUCCCAUCCAUCCAUACUCAUCCCACAGGUGGUGGUGGCCUUCAACCCUCUCGCGUGGUCCCGCUCUGAAGUGAUUCGAUUCCCGGUGUCAUCCCCCUACCUUCUAGUCACUGAUGCCUCUGGCGCCCCCAUCCCCUCUCAAAAACUUCAAGAGACCCUCCUCUCCCCUCCCUCUGUUCCCCCCGUGUCAUCCCCCAAUCUGCUAGUCGCCGACGCCUCUGGCGCCCCCAUCCCCUCUCAAAUAAUCAGGGAGACGCUCGUCACCCCCGCCACCCGCUCCACCUACAUUGCUGCUUACACUGGCGUGGGGGAAAAUAGUAGGAGAGGUGGAGGGGGAGGAGGAAGGGGUGGGAGGGGGGGGGAAGGAGGGGAGGAGGGAGCGGAGGAGGGGGAGGAGGGGGAUGAGGAGGAGGGGCGGGGAGGGGGAGGGAGGAGGAGGAGUGGGUGGGAUUAUGGGGAUGGGCGAGGGCCGCAGCCGAGCCAUAAGCCGAAAAGGAAGCAUCGGGAGAGGCAGACGAAGGAGGAGACGGGGGGAGAGCAGAAGGAGGGAGAGCAGAAGGAGGAGAGCAGAAGGAGGGAGAGCAGAAGGAGGGGGAGCAGCGGGAGGGAGAGCAGGAGGGAGAGCAGCAGCAGCAGCAGCAGCAGCAGCAGGCAGUGCUGUCGCUUGUGCAGGGCAGCCGAGAAGCAACCCGGCAAGGCGGGGAGGGGGAGGAACACGAGAGGUGCGGAGGAUGGCGGUGCGCGGUGGACAGGAGGGAGGGUUGAACGGUGGGGAGAGGAGAGGGAGAGAGGCGGGGAGCAGGGGGAGAGGAAGCAGGAGGGGGUUGCAUGGCGGUGGUGGGGGAAUGGAGGAGGGCAAGAUGGGUGGGGGAGGAGGAGAGGGAGGGGGAAGGGGGAGGGAGGGGGGCUGGAGAGGGGUGUGAUACUGUUGUGCUGGAGGGGUGCAAGGCGUGGGGGCCACUCGGGUAGCGGUGCUGCAUGGUGCUGGCACGGACGGUGGGGGAGCGGGCUGCGUUGCGUGUCUCGUUCUCCAAGUCAGCGGUGGGCAUGCAGCCGGAUGGAGCUGGUCUCUCGGAGUGCCAAUGGCACGGAGGAGGUUGUGGUGAGUGGUGUGGCACGGGGGGAGAUUGUGCGCAUGGGCAUGGCAGUGAGUGCCAGCAUGAUGGAGUAUGCCACAUUCGCCGGCGGCGCAUACAUCUUCCAACCCUCCAAGCCAGCCAUGCCCAUCACCUCCACCAACGCCACCUACCAGGUGCCCAUUCACAUCCAGCGUGGACCAAUCGUGGAGGAGUUCAGCCGCCAGAUCACUCCAUGGAUCUCUGAGGUCUUCAGAGUGUAUCCAGGGGGGGACUACGCUGAGCUGCACUAUUCGUGA